CCCAUCAGCCGCCAUUUUUCUCCUCCUUUCCCCUCUCUCUCACGAAGCCAUGCUCUCGCUGUCCGCCCGACCCAUCCUCUCCGCCUUCCUCCUCCCCAAGCCCAAACCCCUCCGCCUCCGCCUCCUCCGACCCCUCCACUCCUCCGCCUCCGCCUCCGCGCUGACGCCGCCCACCCCGCGUACCACCACUCCCGACCUCCCGGAGGACGCAGACCCCACGCCGCUCUUCCUCCGCCCUCCGACCCACCCCGUCCCGGAGGCCUCACUCGCCGCCUUCCGCCGCAGGGCCGCCGCGCUCGUCCCGCCAUCCGCGCCGCACCUCCACCGCCACCUCCGCUGGCUCCUCGCCGACGCCUCCGCCCCCGCCCCGUCCAGCGCCGACCCGGCGGCGCCCCACCUCCUCCGCGCGCCGCUCGAUGAGCUCGAGGCCCUGUGGCUCCGCCACGUCCGGGACAGGCGCCCGUUCCAGUAUGUGGUUGGGAACGAGCACUGGAAGGACCUGGUGGUCGCCGUCCGGGAUGGCGUGCUCAUCCCGCGGCCCGAGACGGAGGCCGUCGUGGACAUGGUCGCGGCGGUCGAGGGGUUCCAGGACGGGUGGUGGGCGGACCUCGGGACCGGGAGCGGCGCCAUCGCCGUGGCCGUGGCCAGGAUGCUGGGGCCCCGGGGGAGGGUGUUCGCCACCGACGUCAGCGAGGUGGCUGUUGAGGUCGCGCGGCUCAACGUCCAGAGGUACGGGGUGCAGGAUAAAGUUGAGAUAAGGCACGGCUCAUGGUUCGAACCUCUAGAAGAUGUCAAAGGAAAACUGAUGGGUGUCAUUAGUAACCCUCCAUACAUACCAACUGAUGAUCUACCUGGCCUGCAACCUGAAGUUGGUUGGCAUGAACCAAAAUUGGCACUUGAUGGAGGCAAAGAUGGCCUUGAUCAUUUGCUUCAUCUAUGUGAAGGGUUAUCUUCGGCACUGAUGCCUGGAGGUUUCUUUGUUUUUGAGACAAAUGGCAACAAGCAGUCAGAGUUUCUUGUCGACUUCAUUAGUACAAAGUGGAGCUCAUCUUUUUGCGACGUGGAGGCAGUUUUAGACUUUGCAGACAUCAAACGUUUUGUAAGAGGGUACCGCAGAUGAAAAAAAGAAAACAUGGAUGCUGAUGAAAUAUUCUUGGAGAUCACUUC